AUGGCCAUGAGAAGGAUUGCCAUCGCAAGUGCCACUGCUGCGGUGCUGAGUGCAGCAUUGCUGCAGAGCGGCAUGCUACACACGGCUCAAGCAGCACCAUCGCCACCCCAGCCUUGUGGAACAUUGGAUCUGGCUUCUCCCUUGACACAACACUGCUUCCCUGCAGACGGCAGCCACCACUUUGUCUGUUGCGACCAGAUUCAGAUGCCUGACAACCCCAACUCGCCCCAUGGCAAUUACAACCCCCUGGAGAGGGUCAUCAAAUCGGCCAGCAACGAUUCCAACUACUCAUGGUGCACAUGCUCGGAGGAGAUCUGCACAGAGCAGCUGCACGGCCGCGUGGCCUGGAACAUGAAUGGGGUCGGCUGGAAGGGCUACCUUCCCCCUGCAUCUAAUGGUGGAGGCUCCUCCAGCCGGGCUAACGGCCUCGCCAAUGGCAGCCAGUGA